UUGUAUAAACUCUAGUUUAUGUAGUGAAGUCAAGACCACUAAGCCUUUCAUUGCUCGUGCUGGUGGAAGAGGAUUCAGAAUGUUCUUGUGUACUUUCAUAUCUGUAACCUGAACUACGCACAAGUGUGGAAAAGAAGAAAGAAACCUGAUGGCAGCCCUGAAAAUAGCAAAUAUCAACUGGCAAUCCAAACUAAAUAAAGCUGCGCACCAUACCUCUGAUUACAGCAGCACAGAAGCAAUCUUGAGGAGAGGACAGGCCUUCAAAAUCACCGUGAACCUCCAAAGAGGGGUGCAAUCUGGGGACAACUUCACCUUCAUUGCAAGCACAGGACCAGCUCCAGCAGAAUCACAGCAGACCAAGGCCAUAUUUAACCUUUCUGAGGAGGGCGCCAGUGGCUGGAGUGCAACUCAAGAGCCCAGUGAGCCUGGCUGCAUGAACUUCACAAUAUUUAGCCCAGCCGAUGCUGUCAUUGGACGAUACAAACUCAAACUACAGACUGUUUCUGGGAACAAGGUCUCUUCAACACUCCUGGGCCAGUUUGUGCUACUCUUCAAUCCCUGGUGUCCAAAUGACGAUGUCUAUAUGGCUAAUGAAAAAGAGCGAUGGGAGUAUGUCCUGAAUGAUAGUGGAAUCAUAUUUCAGGGACUGGAAAAACAUAUUCAACAAGAAGCUUGGAACUAUGGACAGUUCGAAGAGGAUAUCCUUGAUAUCUCUCUGGCUAUCCUGGAUCGAAGCCUGAACCACCGCCAAGAUCCAGCUGCUGACGUAUCCAACCGGAACAGCCCCACCUAUGUGAGCAGGGUUAUCAGUGCUACGGUUAACAGCAAUGAUGAAAAAGGAGUAGUGGAAGGGAAGUGGAAUGGAAAGUUCCGCUCAGGAACCAACCCCCUGCAGUGGAGUGGAAGUGUGACCAUCCUUCGGAAGUGGCACAGGGGGAGAUAUAAACCUGUCCGGUAUGGCCAGUGCUGGGUCUUUGCAGGAGUAAUGUGCACAGUUCUGAGAUCCUUGGGAAUACCUACUCGUGUUAUUACAAACUUCAACUCUGCCCAUGACAGGAACAUAAAUCUGAGUAUUGAUGAGUACAUUGACAUUUCCGGAAAGACCCUGCACUUGACUGAAGACAGUGUGUGGAAUUUCCAUGUCUGGAAUGAAAGCUGGUUCAUUAGAAGAGAUCUUGGCUCUUUUUAUGAUGGAUGGCAGGUUCUGGAUGCAACACCCCAGGAAAGAAGCAAAGGUAUCUAUCAGUGUGGUCCUGCCUCCACCAGAGCCAUUAAGGAAGGGGAUGUGAACCUGGAUUAUGACAGCUCGUUUGUGUUUGCAGCAGUGAAUGCUGACUAUGUUACUUGGAUUCACUAUAGCAAGAAAAUAAAAGAGAGAAUUUAUUCCGAUACUAGGAAGAUUGGAAAAUUUAUCAGCACGAAAGCAGUGGGCACCAACGACCGUGUGGAUGUCACUGCUAAUUACAAAUAUCCAGAAGGAUCCUUGAAAGAAAGGCGGGUGUAUAAAAAAGCACUGAAGCUGCUUGGUGUGAGAAGCACUGGAAAAAGAGCCAAAAAUAGAAGACGAUCUUCAGUAGCAUGGAGACAAAACAUGACACCGCCUGCACAAAAACCCAGUAUCUCCGGGAAGCUGAUCCUUGAUGCAUCUCCCGUCAUUGGCCAGGAUAUCCUCCUUACCUUGGCACUCAGGAACUUGAUCUCAGAUUUCAAGACCAUAAAGGUUAAACUGAGCGCUUCAGCCAUUCUCUACACAAGAAAACCAAAAGCAGAGAUUUUGAAGUUGUCUAGGUCUAUUAAACUUGGAUCUGAAGAAGUGAAAGAGAUUUCAUUCAAGAUCUCCUAUUCCCAGUACAAAAACUCUCUGACGGAUGACAGGAAGAUCCUAGUGACUGCUCUGUGUGAAACCAAACAGGGACCCUCGCUUCUAGUGGAGAAGGAUAUUGUACUUCAGGAUCCUCUUCUCACCAUCAAGGUCCUUGGUCCAGCAGUGGUACACAAGGCUGUUAACGUGCAGGUCACAUUUACCAACCCGCUGUCUGAAGUGGUGACAGACUGUGUGCUGCGAGCAGAAGGUAGUGGCCUGCUCAAAGAGCAACUCAGAAUCAAUGUGGCAAGAAUGGCCCCCAUGGAGACCUCAACAGUCCAGUUUGAAAUAAUUCCCUACAAGAGUGGCACCAGGCAGCUUCAGGUGGACUUGGUUUGCAUCCAUUUUUCAGACAUUAAGGGAUUUGUGAUGCUUGAUGUGGCUCCAGCUCCGUGA